AUGCCGCAACACGUCGUCGUCGUCGGAGCCGGCGUCAUCGGUCUCAGCAGCGCCCUCCUCCUUCAAAAGGCCGGCCAUGCGGUGACCAUUGUUGCCCGGGACUUUCCUGGCGCCUUUGAGGCGAUGGACCCUGUGGCCAAGAUCAACUACACGUCCCCGUGGGGCGGAGCCCACAACCGCUGGGUCCCACCACACCCAACCCUCCCAGCCCAUCUCAAACGAGAGCAUGCCUUCUCCCUCCGCACCUACGCCCACAUGUCCCACCUGUACAGCACCCACCCCAACACAGCUGGCAUCACCUUCCUCAAAGGCAUCGAAUACAUCGAGCGCCCCGGCCCCGAACACCACGCUAUGUCCACCGCCGAAAACCCCAACGCUCUCAACCUCCCUGGCUUCCGCCUCCUCGAUCCGGCUACAGACACUUUCCCCUCCGACGGCCGAGUGACCUGGGGAUGUGAGUACGACACGUGGUGUGUGAAUCCCAUGGUGUAUUGUUCCUUUCUGCUACGGCGGUUUGUGAACCGCGGUGGGAGGCUGUUGAAUCGGGAGCUGCGAAGGCCGGAGGAGGCGUUUUAUUUGAGUGCGAGGGAGUUGGCGGGGAGUUUUGGGGCGCCUUCUUCUUCCUCACCAAUCCCCCCGUCUUCCUAUCCUACGUCCUCCCGCGGCGAAACAGAGACAGAGAUACCCACCAUCGCAGCAGUAAUCAACGCCUCAGGCACCGGCCUGGUCCCGGACCCCUCCAUGACCAUAACCCGCGGCCAGACCUGUCUCGUCGCCGAGUCCUGCGACGCCACCGUCACACGGCAAAACGCCGACGGGUCCUGGACGUUCUGCGUUCCGCGCGGGUUUGACGGCGGCACGAUUGUGGGCGGCACCAAGGAAUUGAAUAACUGGGAUACGCGGCCGUCGGAGGCGGUGAGGAGGGGGUUGUUGAAACGGUUUGUGGAGACGUAUCCGGGGAUUUUGGAGGGUGAUAACCAGGAUGAGGGCCAGGGAAGAGAGAAGAAGGAAAAGAAGACGGAGUUGACGGUGGUGAGGGAUAUUGUUGGGAGGCGGCCAACGAGGAUUGGUGGGCCGCGUAUUGAGGGUGAGGUUGUGCCUGGGGCUGGGUUUGUGAUGCAUGCCUAUGGACUGGGGGGGAGAGGGUAUGAGCUGUCGUGGGGGGUUGCGGAAGCGGUUGUUGAGGGGGUGGAGAGGGGGAUUCAGGAGGCGGCUAAACUAUAG